AACCUGCGUUUAGUAGUGUCAUCUUGGCUAUUAUGUUCAUUGCAUUCUUAUGAUAUAUAUUUCAUAAUGCACGAUUCGAUUGGUUUUUAUUUAAAAACGUGGCAGUUAUAUUUUGAUAGUUAUUAAUUAAUUGAUUAACUUAUGAAGUUAAUAUGAUAUUUGAAUCUGUGAAUAAAAUAUUACUUGAAUAAUAAUAACUUAAAUCCAAAUAAAAAUAAAAACUAUUUGAGUUGAACGGUAAUCACAUUGGACAAAUAUCAUAAAUCAAAUCAAACCGAAUUAAUUAUUUGAGAACAAUGUGGUUUGAAUACAUUUGGAUAGCAUUAACAGCUAUAGCUGUAAUAUCAAACAAUAGUGUAUCUCAUGCUCAGAGUCAAAACACUAGUGAAUCUCAAAUAACAAAUCUAAGAAAUGAUGAAGUUCAGAAAGUACAGAAAUUACACGAUAUUUCAAAUACAAAACACAUCACACAAAUUAUAAAUAACGGAAACAAAAUUAAUACCGAAACAUUGUUUGGAGAUAUUAUUGCGAAUAGUAUGAACAACUUUUUACCUUUUUCUAAUGUCAAUGCAAAUUGUACUAGAGAUGGACAACAAUAUAUGAACGGUUUAAAUAACCAAACAUUAUGGGCUGUUAAAAUGUACGCCUCUUCGUCAAAAUAUCCUGGGCCUAUUUCGUCUGGCAACGUCAACGAAUUGGGGUACUUCGACCAAUGCAUGCGUGUUUCAUCAAAACGUCUUGGGAUUUACGGAGCGUAUGCCAUAGCGAACGUGCGGUUUCACCUUUCUGGAGACAACAAACCUCCCGAACCGCUCAGCCAACUGGACAUAAUCAAAGCGGAUUGGGAACGAUCGAAAGGAGACGCGUCGGCAUCAGUACCCGAAAAUCUAUUAUGGGCGUUGUGUUUUCCGGACUCGUGUACCAACGAAGACAUACGGAUAUCCGUCGACCGUGCGUUGACACCAGCUUUCCAAGCUCGCAAUAUCAGCGUGAACGUCGCAGUGCCGCCGCUAAUGUACACAUCUAAGAGCACGACUCUGAAGUACACAAAUACAGUUUUGGUCAUCUAUGGAAUAUUUAUCGUGGGCAUUGGAUUGAUGGUCGCAGGCACGUUUUACGAAUUAUUUGCAGAUCACUCGAAACCCGAAAAAUCUACUUUUGUCGGUAAGUGUUUACGUUCUUAUUCGAUGAUUACAAAUAUGAGAAACUUAUUAGAAGAUCCAAAAACUAAAGACUUUGCCGUUACCAACGGUCUUAAGACAAUGGGAAUAAUAUCUGUGAUAAUUGGUCAUAGAGUUGCUCUAAACUUAGGAGUCCCAUCCUUUGAUCCGGAGCACUCGGAACACAUUUUCACCGAUUUUUGGUGGUCGUUCCUCAAGUCCCCGGUUGCAGUUGAGAUAUUUUUUAUAGUAAGUGGGUUUUUUACAUACGUCCUGAUCGAAGAGCGUUUAAGGAGUGGAAAAUCGUUGAAGUUCAUGUUUUUAAUCAUUUACCGAAUAAUCAGAAUUUUUCCAACGUAUAUUACUGUUAUUGUAAUAUUUGCAUUCGUUUUGCCUUUUAUGGGCGAUGGCCCAUUGUGGAAACUUAUUGUUUACCCCGAAGCUGAGUUUUGCCGGAAAAACUGGUGGACUAAUCUAUUGUUUAUAAACAACUACGUACAUUCAAACGAAAUGUGUAUGGUACACGCGUGGUACUUGGCAUGUGACAUGCAUUUUUUCAUAAUUGGAAUUUUCUUGACCUAUAUUAUUUGGAGAUGGAAUAAAGCCGGUGUUUGUAUUUAUGGCGUGCUCUUUGCUUUAUCUAUUUAUAUACCAGCAAAAUCAAUUUAUGACAACAAACAAUGGGGAGUGAUGCCAUACUUCCAUGGUAACAUAAAAAAUCUCAGAACAACUGAACAUUUCCAAAAAAUUUACAUAAAGAGUCAUCACAGGAUCACGACAUACCUCGUUGGUCUAGCAGCCGCAUUCAUAUACUUGCAAAUCAAACAAUCCAAAAUAAAAUUUUCAGUGAAAAAUAGAACAAUAGGAUUUAUGAUAUGCUUAUUAUUGCAUAUAAUCUGUUACAUUGUUACCGGCUACUUAUAUUUACCAGGACUUACAUACAAUCCGUGGAAUCACAUAAUCUACUUCACGUUCCAGAGAAUUAUAUAUUCGUUGACUAUAUCGUACUUGCUAGUUGUCAGCUCAUUGUCUAAUUUUGGUUUUAUCAGCAGUUUUAUUGAGUGCAAACUUUUCACCGUCAUAUCAAGAUUAUCUUACGUUCUUUACCUGACACAUUUUAUUGUUCAGUUACAAAGUAUUGGUGAAAUCCGUCAACCAAAAUUUGGAAACUUUUGGACAUUGUAUUGGGAAAUCAACGCCGAUUUAAUGACAGCUCUAUCAUACUCUAUACUUUUUAAUCUAAUCGUGGAAGCACCGUGCAGAAAAAUAUUCAAGGAACUUAUGAGCAUAUUUCUUAAAGCUGAAAAACCAUCAGAUUCUACAGACUCGUGAUGUUUACGAUGGGAAUAAUGUCCAAACCUAAAAAUGCCGUUCAUCCAUGUU